AUGGAGCACCCGUACGACCCGUGGGACUUCCCCGGUGCCCCACGCGUCAACGACCAGAACCGUCACAACCCCUACAACGGAUACCACGGCAACGAGCUCGAGUUCGUCGAGACGUGCCUCGCGAUCUUCCACGAGGCCGGGCUGCUGACGCACUUCGGCAUCGAAGACGGGUUGGCGCGCAGGUUCUUCGCGAACAUGUACGCCAGCUACGGCGCGAUGCCCUACCACUGCGCGCUCCACGGCCAGGAGGUGCUCGCGGCGGCGCACUGCCUGACCAGGGAGAUCGUCGAGUGCGGCCACGGCCCGUUCACCAAGCUCGAGAUCCUCGCGCUCUACGUCGCGGCGCUGGGGCACGACGCGGGGCACUUCGGCGUUAACAACGCGUACCUGCAGAACAGUCGCCACGCGCUGUACAAGCUGUACACGGAGAGCACGCUGGAGCACUACCACGCGCAGAUCUUGGCGCAGACCGUCACGCACCCCGCCGACGGCAUCGCGACGUGCAUCCCCGAAGCUGGGGGCGCUCGAGCGGAUUUCUUCAGGCUGCUGGAGGACAUCGUGCUCGCGACGGACAUGAGCAGGCACAAGCACCUCGUGGGCGAGUUCCAGUGGUGGGUCGAGGAACUCGCGGGCGGGAGCGUGGGCGCGGGCGUCUUCCUCCGCCAGGGCGACAGCGCGAGGGGAUCGGACGGCGAGAGAGCCGGAGGGGCGUCGUCGGGGGGAAUCACGGAGCUCCUCCGCUUCGGCGGCGAGCGAGCGGACAGGGCGCCCGCGCUCGUCCGCGCGCGCAGGCUGGACACCGAGCGACGCGAGAUGCUGCUGAUCAUCUGCAUGAAGUGCGCGGACCUCAGCGGCCUCGUCAUGGACCUGCCCCGCGCGGACUUUUGGGGCUACCGCAUCAUGAUGGAGAACCUGAAGCAGGGCGAGCGGGAGAUGCGCGAGCGGGUGGAACAGACGACGCCGACGACGAGGGAGGGUGCGCUGGCCAACUACUUCGCGCACCAGGCGGGGUUUCUGGAGCACGUCGUCCUCCCGAUGUUCGACACCCUGACGCUUUUCACCUCCGGGCGGUUCAGGAAGAAAGUGUUGGCGUUGGGGAGCGAGAACUUAGCGGCGUGGCGAAAAGGGCACGGGGAGGCGAUGAUGACCCGCGCCAAGAUGCAGCGCGAGGCGGCGCUCACCCGACACCUCAUGCGGUGCUGCGCGGGCUUCCUCAUGGUCGUGGUGUUCAUCAUAAGCCGCGGCAUGCUGCUGCGAAAGACGAUGAACGAGAUGGCGGGCGAGUUCCGCGGGAGCGCGAACCCGUACGCGGCGCAGGCGUUGGACGAUCUCGCCGUCCUCCGCUUCGUCUUCAGGUGGAUCGCGCUCGUCUUCGGGUUCCUCGCGGCGUGUUGCCUCACCCUCGCCUCACCGAUCGUCGGCGCCCGGUGCAGCGCGUCGUGUCGCGAGGCGGUCAUCAACGUCUUCUUCGUGGUUCAGGUUGUCGUUCGGUACUCGAUGAACGUUUUGCGGUACGCGACGGUCAAGUCGAUGACUCGCGCGGGGAUGUUCGACAUCGUGGGCGAUCCGUUCGUGCGCAAGUCGGCGGCACAGCUGUACCUCAACGGCGUCGGCGUGACGAAUAACCACGUCGUGACGCCGUGCUUGUUCACGCUCAUAUACUACAUAGGUCUGCCGUACUACUCGCCUGGGGUGCACUGGUUCAUGCACUGCACCAACGUGGCGUUACGGUUUGUGCUGGAUCACAACCUCAAGGUGAACGAGGCCGACACCAGCAUGCUGGGCUUGGUGUGGCGGAUGGAGGACGUCACGAGGGGCUGGCUGACGAUGCUGGCUUUCCCGCUGGCGCUGGCGGUGUUUGACAGGCGGGGGUUCUGGGCACUGAUGCCCAGGCCAGUCAAGAAACAGUUCUCGAGGAUGCGGCGGUGGCAGUACACGAGGAGAGUUCGGGCGAGGGCGGACGGGGGAAUUCGCGGCAAGUCCCACGACGCCUGA